UGAAUGUGUCAUUGGAUGACAGAUGAAGCCACAAAAACCCGGCGGCUGCGAGAAGACCAUUGAGAAAAGAAUUGACCUCAGCUCACCCAGUAGAAGAUUCCUCUCAAUCCCAUUUAUCAAACAUGCUCAGCAUCAUCAUGGCCCACAAGACGGAAGUAUAAAAAAUGAAGAGGAAUAAUGAAGAGAGCGGGAUGAGGAGGAUGAUUGUCUAGUGGAGUAAAGAGAACAACAGGUCGACUCGAGGACCAACAAGAGAAACAGAACAAUGAUUGUGUUUUUUCUGCUCUGUGUCGUUGCAGGUAUGCCAGCAUCGGGCCAAAUUCUGGACGUGUGCGCCUCCUGCCAUUCUGAAGCCAGAUGUGAAGACAAGCUAGACGGCUCUGGCAAAGUUUGUAACUGCAAGUAUGGAUUUGUAGGAAAUGGAAGAUCGUUCUGUCAAGAUAAAGAUGAGUGCCAGAUAGGAGCCAUGAGGAUCUGUGGGAUGCACACAAAAUGCCACAACACAUAUGGCAGCUACGACUGUACCUGCCUUUCUGGCUACAACCCUUCAAACAACAUGGCCAUCUUCAUCCCAAAUGAUGGAACCCAAUGCCAGGACAUUGAUGAGUGUAAGAUAACAGGACUGUGUGGAGAUGGAGGUCGGUGCAGGAACCUGGAGGGCAGUUUUGAAUGCAGCUGUCAGGUGGGAUACCAAGUCGACAAUGGAACAGAACCUUUUCAUCCUCACAGAGACAAGGCCUCCUGCAAAGUGGUUGACUGUGGCCAGCCUGCCUCAGUGGAGGACACAGUGCUGCUGUCGGCCACAGGGACCACAUAUGGCAGCGUAGCCACGAGGGUCUGUGAUGAAGGCUUCAUCUGGGGGAGUGGACACAACACCUCUGUGUGUGGAGCUGAUGGACUGUGGAGUGGACCAACUAUGGUCUGUGAAGACAUUGAUGAGUGUAAGAUAACAGGACUGUGUGGAGAUGGAGGUCGGUGCAGGAACCUGGAGGGCAGUUUUGAAUGCAGCUGUCAGGUGGGAUACCAAGUCGACAAUGGAACAGAACCUUUUCAUCCUCACAGAGACAAGGCCUCCUGCAAAGUGGUUGACUGUGGCCAGCCUGCCUCAGUGGAGGACACAGUGCUGCUGCCGGCCACAGGGACCACAUAUGGCAGCGUAGCCACGAGGGUCUGUGAUGAAGGCUUCAUCUGGGGGAGUGGACACAACACCUCUGUGUGUGGAGCUGAUGGACUGUGGAGUGGACCAACUAUGGUCUGUGAAGACAUUGAUGAGUGCAGGAUAACAGGACUGUGUGGAGAUGGAGGUCGGUGCAGGAACCUGGAGGGCAGUUUUGAAUGCAGCUGUCAGGUGGGAUACCAAGUCGACAAUGGAACAGAACCUUUUCAUCCUCACAGAGACAAGGCCUCCUGCAAAGUGGUUGACUGUGGCCAGCCUGCCUCAGUGGAGGACACAGUGCUGCUGCCGGCCACAGGGACCACAUAUGGCAGCGUAGCCACGAGGGUCUGUGAUGAAGGCUUCAUCUGGGGGAGUGGACACAACACCUCUGUGUGUGGAGCUGAUGGACUGUGGAGUGGACCAACUAUGGUCUGUGAAGAGGUGGACUGUGGCUCCCCCCCUGCUCGCCCUCACUCUCAUAUGCUGUGGAAUAAGAGCUCCAGAGUGGGCUGUGAGGUGGUUUAUCAGUGUAACUCUGGCUAUCAUAAUGUUGGAAAGGGAAAUGUCUCCAUUUGUACCACUGCUGGACAGUGGGAAGAGCCGCCGGUGCUCUGCCAAGAGACUUUGUGUGGAAGUCCUCCUGUAAGUGUAUCCACUGAGCACAUGUGGAACGGUAGCACAGCUCCAGGCAGCACUGUGCUCUAUUUCUGUAAAACAGGUUUUCUUAACAGAGGAGGACAUAAUAUAUCAGUCUGUAAUGAAAACGGUCAGUGGACACCCCCGACUCUGGUAUGCCAAGAAAUAUUAUGUGGAGAUCCUCCUAUAGUGCCCCACACUGGGCAAGUGAGGAAUGGCAGUUCCACCCCUGGAAGCACUGUGACUUACUACUGUAAAAUAGGAUUUUAUCACAGUGAAGGAAAUAAUGUGUCAUUGUGCGCAAUUAACGGUUCCUGGACAAAACCAAACAUCUCAUGUAAAGAAAUCGAUUGUCAAGAGCCUGUUCAUAAACCUCACUCUAAAAUACUUUGGGAUGGCACAUCGCACAUUGGCAGUGUGGUGUCUUACCAAUGUGAUGAAGGAUAUCACAGCAGGGGCCUGAAAAACAACUCAUUAUGUGGAGAGAGUGGACUUUGGGAGGACAUAGAUCUGUGGUGUGAAGUGGUUGACUGUGGCCAGCCUGCCUCAGUGGAGGACACAGUGCUGCUGCCGGCCACAGGGACCACAUAUGGCAGCGUAGCCACGAGGGUCUGUGAUGAAGGCUUCAUCUGGGGGAGUGGACACAACACCUCUGUGUGUGGAGCUGAUGGACUGUGGAGUGGACCAACUAUGGUCUGUGAAGAAAUAAGCUGCGGCCUCCCACUAAUCCACCCCCGUACUAACCUCCUGUGGGAUCGUACCAGCAGACCGGGCAGCGUGGUGUUGUAUGAGUGUAUGGAUGGAUUUUACCCGGAGAGUGGAACAAAUAUUUCAGUAUGUUCAUUAUCAGGAGACUGGGGGGAAAUAUCUAUAAAGUGUCAAGCUAAAUGUGGCCCAGUUCCCUUCCUUGCCAACUCAGAGGUGGUGUGGCAUAACAGAAGUGUAGUGAUCCACCGCUGUGUGGAUGGAUAUCACAGCUGGAGGGGCAGCAACGUCUCUGUGUGUGGCAGCUCCGGGACGUGGCAGACAGCUACUCUGAGAUGUAUAGAAAUAAAGCCAGCUCUCAGUCAUGUUCAUAUUCUCAAUGAAAAAUGUGUGCAUUGGAAAGCAGAGAAAUAUGAAGAGGACUCAGAAGCCUACAAGGUGACAUACACAGGUACCAGAGACUACCAGAGGUCUUUUCGUGAUGAAAGGAAGCAGAUUGUGAGCUCCAAGGCCGAGCAGCUGAAAGUCUGUCUCCACCUGCUUCCAGCCACAAACUACAGCAUCUCCAUCACUGCACUGUCUGCCAGAUUCACAGCCUCCAUCACCACUAACACCAGUUUAUCAGAGCCUCCAGUGCCGUUUGUUUACUACGGAGAAUUUGAGACUCCUGUACCAACUUUGAGGCUAAACAGAUCAGCCAACACACUGGACCCAAUAAGUUUGUACCAAGUGUUUGUUCUUCCUGUAGAGGACAUAAUGGUGUUUGACUGCUCUUCUCCUGGAAGCCCUGACCCCUUAAGCGAAAACAAAUUCUCUUCCAAGUACAUUACUGCCCAGAUCCUCAUCAGACAGGUCGGGACACAGAUGAACUUUACUGUUGGGGAUGGACUCCACUAUGGAGGCUUCUAUAAUGCACCCCUGGAGAAGGGCAGGACCUAUUACAUCAUCUUACGAGCCGUCAGCCAGUGGAAAACAGCUUUAAAAAGUUCCUGUGUGCUGUGGGCUAAAGUGAGAGGUACAUCCUAUGUCCUGAUGGUUUCUUCACUCGCUGCAGCUGCUGCAGUAGGACUGGUUGCUUUCGCCAUUUUGGGUGGAUACAGUUGCAUGUGGCUGUUCAAGAAGAAAUGACACCCCUCACCGCUGAUGAUCUGCGAAAUACAUGUCUUGAUUUUCUGCCUGUCAUUUUUUACAUUUUAUAAAGAUAAAUAAACUUUG